AUGCUCAUUGCUAUGUCCUUUGAGCUGUCCUUCCCACCUGUUCGUGGUGUCCACCUUUCCCUCACGUUAAAGACUGCUGUUGUACAUGCCUGCGACAAUCAGGACGGUGCACUGGUUGAUUCCCUCGUAGACUGUGAAAUUGCUCGAGAGACUGAUGCGGGCCCCGCACGACUUGCCAGAUACAUGUCCAGCGGGACGGACUCUCACCUGAACGAUGCUGUAGAGCAUUUUCAGCUGGUUCUGGACCAGCGUCCGGUCGGCCAUCCUGACCGCGCAGCAGCUCUCACCAACCUUGCGUGGGUCCGCCUUCAAGCUUAUAUUCAAAAAGAUCAUCAAGACAUCGACAGGGAGGACACCGCCGUCUGCAUUCAGCAUCCAAUGAAGGCAUCCACCUUCAACAAAACAUGCUCGAACUCUGUCCUCCGGGUCAUCAACACUGUCCCCGCGCCCUCGACAAUCUUGGAUAUGCCGUUUGGGUACGCUUUGACCAGAAUGGCAGCAUUGAUGAUAUAG